CUAAAUGGAUCCCAGCAGCAGCAGUAGUCCUACGAUGGCAGCAGAUGAAGACGAAGCCGUCCGUUUUGCGCUCCUCAGAGCCGGAGUUCUGGGGUUAAUUUUUGUGUUUGCCACAUGUGGCAACCUUUUCUUCUUGGUCACCCUGUGGAAGAGGAGGAAGAGGAACUCGCGGACGCAGCUUUUCCUCUUGCACCUGUGUCUAGCGGAUCUGGUGGUGGCUUUUUUCCAAGUCUUGCCGCAGCUUUCCAUGGAAAUUACGCACAGGUUCCGCGGGACGGACUUCCUCUGCCGCCUCGUGAAGUACUUGCAGGUGGUCGGGAUGUUCGCCUCCGCCUACAUGAUUGUGGCCAUGGCUAUUGACCGCUACCACGCCGUCUGCAAGCCCAUGGUCUCCUUCCUGGAGGGCUCCUUCAGGAGGUACAUCUCCAUAGGCGCAGCGUGGCUCAUCUCCCUCGUCUUCAGCGCCCCGCAGCUCUUCAUCUUCUCCCUCCAGGAGGUGGAGGUGAACCUGUAUGACUGCUGGGCGACGUUCGUCGAGCCCUGGGGGAGCAGGAUCUACAUCAGCUGGAUCACUCUGGCAGUGUUCGCGCUGCCCGCGGUCAUCUUGUUGUUUUGCCAGAUGAGGAUCUGCACAACAAUCUACUUCAACAUGAAGAGGAAGGCUCUGCAGUCGGGGCGCGCAGGCACGAAGGGGGUCUCCAACGCAAUGCUCAAGACGGUGAAAAUGACUUUUGUGAUUAUAAUGGCGUACUCGGUGUGCUGGAGCCCCUUUUUUGUCGUGCAGCUGUGGUCGGCGUGGAGCCCAAUCAGCGCGCCUACGCAAGGUCCCAUAUUUUCUAUUAUCAUGCUGCUCGCCAGUCUCAACAGCUGCACAAACCCUUGGAUAUAUCUCUACUACAGCUGAGAAAAAACCUCAAAGAAACUCUCAAUUGAACAUCAUAAGAAAACGAGAAAUAAUUAACAAGAUUUCUACAGAUUCCUACCUGUGACGACUGAGCUGAAGCGAUCCUUUGUUGAACUGCAUGGAGAAGACUUUGAGGAAGAAAAGCACAUCUGUUUGUGCUCUCUGUUGGCAAAAAAUAUCCUCUCGCUCCUUUGUACAAAAGACAGAGGUGUAUACUUAGCAGACUGCGGGGAAACCGGCAAAGGAACAGAACACAAAUAUAUUCAAACAGGGUUUAUCUUUUCAGAAGGCGCUGCAGUGACUGCAUGGGGGAUUGUCUCCAGCUGGACCAAGAUGAAACAGAAAUGAGCAAUCAGAGACAUAAACAUUCGGGGGAUUUUUAUUCAUGUCAGUGUGAAGCUGUGGGUAAACAGGACAUGUGGAGGCUGGGAGUAGAAACAGGCAUGUUAAAAUUCAGUUUUCAGACAUAAAUGAAAAUAAAUUGUCACAUCUAGAAAGUUGACCUUGCAAAUGUAUUUUAAUUUCAGUUUUUCCCAGUUGAAACAAAAUGAAGUCUUACUUGACUUCAUUUUGGUAUGAAACAAAAUGAAGCUUUCAGCUAGAAAACACCAUUCAGACUUUGUCUGGGUCAAGACAAUACGCUAUUAAAUAAUUGAUAUUUUCAACAUCUUUCAUGAUUACUAGAAAACCUGAGAUUUUUUUCUGUGAGCAUUUUAGCCAGUUUGUAUGUUUUGCUAUGGUUGACCCCUAACAGUAAGUGACAUCACAUACAUUCUUAGCAUUAAACUGUGUUUACGUCGUCCCUGCAUAUAAAACCGGUGGAGGAACGUGAGCUUUGACAGUUUUUGCUUUCAGAUUGUCCUUCCUCUUGCUCUUACUUCUACAUACUUCAAAGUGCUUUGUCUUUAAGGUUCACUGUUUGUUUAACCAAGGCAAAGAUCUGUAUUUUUCUGAAGUCAAAUCAGGCAUAAUUAUGAGUCAUAGUUUCUUAAACCUACAUCCCCCACAGGAUGAUUGAAUGUCCUUUUGUAGGAGAAAUGUAGAUUUCGGUUUACAACGUAGGCAUGACUUCUUUUCCUGCAGCUUCACACUUCGCCAGACUGACUUUAUUCCCAUUUUGAAUAUGAAUUACGUUCUCUUUUCCAUUCCAGCAAAGCCUAGUGCAGUAGUUUGCCUCGUGUUUUCCCUUGCACCUCACAAGCCCAUCCAUGUCUGCCAAUUUGCAGCAGCCCGUCAACAGGACGUGCCCAUUAGUGC